AUGUUCUUAUCUUUUCCGAAAUUAUUAAAGAGCAGCUGUAGCACCUUAUCAUCUAUAUCAGUGCAUCAUCCACGUCUAAAAGCAUGCCGUUUUUUCACCAACGAUCCACCAGAGUUAGAUUUCGAUGAUAAAGCUCUUGCACAGCUAUUAAAACCUUAUUUACGCCGAUCACCACAAGCUUUGUUUGGUAAAAAACGAAUUGGUUCUGUGGAGUUGCCACUAUGGUUAGAUAACGGGGUAAAGGAAAUGAUUAAAGAAUACGAUAAAGAUUUAAUACGCGUCGAUGCAUCAAGAAUUUAUGAUUCGCUUCGAUCCACGACUGGUCUCGUGCCAAAUAUAGAAAAAUCACCAUACAAAGAUCCGCUUUAUGGGCCAUGCCAAUCUGCUGUGAGAACUUUUAAAAAGGCAGCAAAGGAAUCUCCAUUGAAGCCUCACCUACUCACCUACGGAACACGUGAAUCGAUGGCUUAUUUAGUUGGGUAUAUGCCAAUUGCAUAUGGUCCAAUCUUUAAUGUUCUUGCAGAAUUGCAGAGACGAAUACCAGAUUUUAAGCCGAAACGUGUUUUAGAUUUUGGGACAGGUCCUGGGACAGCUAUUUGGGCGACUCAACAAGUUUGGCAAAAUGAUCCUGAGAUUUUUGUUGGUAUUGAUAAGUCUCAUUCAAUGUUAGCCAUCGCAAAUUCGCUUUUAUCGAUGCAACCAGCUACUGAUCAAUCACAAAAAGUUGUCUUUAGACGAUUUUUGGAAUAUAAUCCUGCAGCAACCAAAUACGAUCUCGUAAUUAGUGCAUUCUCAUUAAAUGAACUUAGCGAGAAUGCAAGGAGAACAACGCUGGAUUCAAUGUGGAAAUUAACGCGAGAUAUUUUGGUACUAAUAGAAAGAGGAACUCCAGCAGGAUUCGACACCAUUGCAAAAGCACGUCAAACAAUCUUACAAGAAUCCAAUAAUCAACUUGUUGUCGUUGAACAAAAUAACUUGUCGUCGUCAGCUUAUAUAGUUGAACGAGAUGCGGCAAUAAAUGAACCAAAGGAAACCACGGAAGAAUUAAAUGGUGCGCAUGUUGUUGCCCCUUGUCCACAUGACGGGAUAUGUCCAUUGAUGGCUUCGAGAAAUUGGUGCCAUUUUUCACAGCGGAUACAAAGACCUUCAUAUCUUAUGAGAACCAAAAAAUCAAAAUUCAAUCUCGAAGAUUCAAUGUACUCUUAUGUCAUUCUACGAAAAGGAAUUCGUCCAGAAUACAACUUUUCGAGGCAUCUCGGAGAUCCAAAGUCGACUUUACAUAGUCAUGAAUAUUUUACUAUCCAAGAAUUAAAGGAUAAUGCCUAUCACUGGUCACGUCUCAUACUGCCACCAAUAAAACGAAAAGGUCAUAUUGUCAUGGAUGUAUGCCACAAAAAAGGUUUCAUCGAACGCUGUGUCAUCCCAAAAUCUCAAGGUAAAAUUGAGUAUCGUGAUGCCAAAAAAUCAAUGUGGGGGGAUUUAUUUCCUCACCGUCCCAAGAAUCCUGGUGUUCAACGAUUGGGUGUGAUCACUUCUGGUGAUCGUGAUGCCGAUGAAAAAGCGAUGCUUGCUAUGAAGAAAAAGGGUGGCGCUAAUAAGGUUUUAGGGGGAAAAAGUCAGCAACAGCUAUUGAAAUCUAUUGAAAACAAAGAUAAUGAUGAUCAUAAAUUGAUUCCUAACCAAGUUAAUAACAUGUCGUUGAAAAAGCUAAAACAAAUUAAUUAG